GGCGCCGCCCGUGAGUCAGGGCUUUGCCGGGCACCAGCGGCGGCCGCGGCCGGAGCGGGCUCGUACCCUCCCGCCGCGGGGCUCCAUGGAGAAGGCGGCGGCGAACGAGGGCGGCGGCAGCAAUAGCAGCAGCCGCAGCAGCAGCCGCCCCACGUCGGCGGGCUCCUCUCCCUCGUCCUCCUCCGCCGGCCGCGGGCUGCCGGGCCGGGCGGCGGCCGCGGGGAGGCUGGAUGGAGGCGGCGGCGGCAGCAGCCCCGGCUCGGCGGCGGCCAGCCCGGGGGGCGCGCAGGCGCCGGGCGGCGUCGGGAGGCGUCGGGAGCCGGUGCUGGAAGGGACGCUGAGCAAAUACACCAACCUCCUGCAGGGCUGGCAGAGCAGGUACUUUGUGCUGGAUUUUGAGACGGGAAUUCUGCAGUAUUUUGUGAAUGAACAAAGUAAAACCCAGAAGCCUCGAGGAGCCUUGUCUUUAGCUGGAGCUAUAAUAUCACCCAGUGAUGAAGUACCACACAUGUUGGUGGUCUACUCAGCCAACGGAGAGAUAUUUAAGCUGAGAGCUGCUGAUGCAAAGGAGAAACAAUAUUGGAUCAAUCAGCUUCGAUCCUGUGCCAAACACCACAAGGAAGGUAAUUCGAAGAGCAUUACAUCCUCCCGAAGUAGAAGCUCAUCUCUGCUGCCACCUGGGACAGUUAAUUCUCCUAGUGGCCAAAAACAUAUGAAUCAAAGUGGGCCAACUGUUGUGACCAUCACACAUCACAAAUCACCUGCAGCUGCUCGAAGAGCUAAGAGCCAGCGUUCUGGACAACUCCAUGAAGUUAGAGAGGAGCCACACAACUGGAUGAUGAUGAGCCAAGUUGAGGGACAACAGAAGAAUCUUGUACAAGCCAUUGAAGCUCUCCCAAGUUCUGGCCCCCUUUCUGCCUUGGAUCAGGACUUGCUGCUUUUAAAAGCUACCUCUGCUGCCACCCUGAGCUGCCUUGGAGAAUGCCUGACUCUGUUACAGCAAAGCAUGCAUCAAGUGGGCCAGCACCAUAACAGGUCUCUGUCCUCAGAUGGUAUCCUGGGAUGGCCUGGGCCCAAGUCACAUUCCUCAGAGCAACUGAAAAAUGGUGCCCUCAGCUCCUUAUCAUCUGCUAGUGCCAACAUCACAUGGGCCAUAGUUCCAUCUGCAGCCCAAGAUGGGCAGACACUGCAGCCAGGUACUGAGCAUUCAGCAUCUGAGUUGAUCCUAGUUGAAGAUGAAGCAACAGAUACAGAAGAUAACGAGGAGGAAGACUUAGGAGUCAUGGAGGAUCAACGUAGUGUAAUUCUCCAUCUCAUCUCCCAGCUUAAACUUGGCAUGGACCUUACCAGGGUAGUGCUUCCAACAUUUAUUUUGGAGAAAAGAUCCCUGCUGGAGAUGUAUGCAAAUUUCAUGGCCCAUCCAGACCUGUUUUUGUCAAUUGCAGCUGGAGCCACUCCUGAGGAAAGAAUUAUCUGCUUUGUGGAGUAUUAUCUAACAGCUUUUCAUGAAGGCCGAAAGGGAGCGGUUGCCAAGAAGCCCUAUAACCCUAUAAUUGGUGAAGUGUUUCAUUGCUCAUGGGAUGUGCCUAAAGAUAAAGUGAAACCAUUCAGAACUAGUGGUGCCUCUGCGGUUUCUAAGGACCCAGCCAAGGAGUCUGGCCAGGACCAGUCCACGUGCUACAAGCUGAGGUUUGUGGCUGAACAAGUGUCCCAUCAUCCACCAGUAUCUUGCUUUUACUGUGAAUGCAAGGAGAAGAAAAUGUGUGUGAACGCUCACGUAUGGACCAAAAGCAAGUUUAUGGGCAUGUCGAUAGGUGUUUCUAUGGUAGGUGAAGGUGUUCUGUACUUGCUGGAGCACGAAGAAGAAUAUGUUUUCACACUGCCCAGUGCCUACGCUCGCUCGAUACUUACCAUCCCGUGGGUGGAGCUCGGAGGCAAAGUCAACAUCAGUUGUGCCAGGACUGGCUACUCUGCUACGGUCACAUUCCACACCAAGCCCUUCUAUGGAGGGAAAGUCCACAGGGUUACAGCUGAAGUGAAACAUAAUCCCACUAAUACCAUCGUAUGCAAGGCACAGGGAGAAUGGAAUGGCACGCUGGAAUUCACUUACAGCAAUGGAGAAACCAAAGUGAUUGACACUAGCAAACUGCCUGUUACCAAGAAGAAGAUUAGACCAAUAGCAAAACAAGGCCCACUGGAAUCAAGGCACCUCUGGCAGCACGUCACCAAUUCUCUGAAGGAAGGCAACAUCGAUGCAGCAACAGAACACAAACACCACCUUGAAGAGAGACAGCGAGCAGAGGAGAGGCAGCGUGCGGCUCUUACAACCCCAUGGAAGCCAAAAUAUUUUGCCAAAGAGGGAGAUGGUUGGCAAUACUUGAAUCCUCUCUGGAAGAGCCUUUGACAAGAUACGGGAGUUGUCUUAUAAUUUUACCUUAAAGGCAUUAUAAAGAUACAGUAUAUAACUUGUAAAAUGUCGCUGAUUAGGUCUCGUUUUCAGAAGAUACAAUUGAGAAGCUAUAUACUGUGAACAGUGCAUCUCAAAUAACCACAAGCUCAAGGUGAUUCAGGAGCCAUUUGGUGUGUAUGGAUACACAGACACACACACACGUGUACGAUAUACGCACAUAUAGACACACAGUGUUGCAUGUGUGUUUGUGUGUGUGUGUUACCUACACUACGCAUAAACAAAGUAUAAACACUAAUGGUGAUUUAAAGACCUUAUCCUUUAAAAGUUAGGGCACAGAACUCUGGCUGCCAUCAGCUGGGGUUCCCGAGUUGCGUGCUUGCAGGAUCAGGCCCUGUGCUAGUAUUUAAAAACCACUUUUUUAUUAGUACUGGUUAAGGUUUUCUAUUUUUCACUUUUGCCAAAAAUGUUUUGCACUUGAAAUGUGACGUCACUUAAUGGCAGUCGUUCCGUUCCAACAGUCACGGGGUAACUCACUUUGACGUAUGAAUGAUGCAUUGACAGCGCUCUUUGGGAUGCUGAUUUAAGAGCAUGUUUUUGUCACUUGCGGUGUGAAUUUUCUGCUCUUACAAGAAGUAGCAAUACCUUCUCAAGAACGUUGUUGGCACUAACCCGGCGUGUCCUCACUGUUCUGUUUGUUCCUACUCCCGAAGUUUCACAGGUCUCCAGUCGGUCGCUCCUAGCCAGCUGCUUUUGGUCUUGCUGUGUGAUGUUCUUUGGCUGUUGUCAUGCAGAUGCGUUUGGUUACAUGUUUUUGCUAAAUCCCUCCUGGCAGAUAGAGCUGAGGUCUUCAAACUUAUUUGCCUCAACUUCCCCCUCAAACAUUGCCCCUCCUCCCCCUCCGCAGGGCCUGGGGUCACAGCCCUGCCUUUAAAAUCAAACUGCUGCUGAUGCACUUGUGCAGAAAUGCCAGGCUGUGAAUCAGGUGCGGCUGCUGCAGUGGGUCUGAGCCUCCAGAGCUGCCCCUGCCCACUGCUGCUUGUGGGGUCAGAGCCCCUCAGUCCUUGGUCACACAGAGCUGUACCUUCAUUCCUUUCGCUUGUGGCCCAGGUGAUCGCUUUGAAUGGUUCCUCGUGGGUGGAGAUGAGAAGCCUUUUCAAAUGAAUGAUUUUCUGAUGUUCGAGAAACGAUUUAGUAAAUUACUAUGCUGAAACAAGAACUUUAUUAAUGAAAUGAAUGAAAUGGGAUGUAACUUGUUUUGUAAAAUAAAAGAGUAAACAAUCCUGCA